AUGAAGGAUCAAUACGAUUGUUUAAAUAAAGCUCAAUUGAGCUUUGAAUAUUUGCAUACAAAUUCAACUACACAUACAUUUCUUUUUGGUGCAUUAGCUGAACUAGUUGAUAAUUCAAAAGAUGCCGAUGCAAAAAAUCUUGAUAUUUAUACAUGCAAAGAUCCAUGUUUACGUGGAGGAUUUUAUUUGGCAUUUUUGGAUGAUGGUUGUGGCAUGAAUUAUGACGAUGUAUUCAAUGUAAUUGUUUUUGGUAAAUCAGCAAAACGUCAUACCCUGAAUUCCACUCAAAUUGGUCAAUAUGGUAAUGGUUUAAAAUCCGGUGCUAUGCGUAUAUCUAAUGAUUUUAUAUUAUUUACAAAAAAAGAUAAUAUUGGUACAUGUUUAUUUCUUUCGCGUACAUUCCAUCAAGAAGAACACAUAUCUCAAAUAAUGUGUCCAAUGCCUUGUUUUGAUUUAAUUAGUCAACAACCCAUUGAAAAUACUGAUAAUCAACAAUUAAAUGGUACACAUACAUAUAUAUACGAUAAAAAUAAACAUGAACUUGAAAUGUAUUUAAUUACAAAAUAUUCACCAUUUAAAACAAUUGAUGAUUUAUUUAAACAAUUUAAUUUAAUAAAAUCUUCUAGUGGAACAUUAAUUAUUUUAUAUAAUUUAAAACUAUCUGAUAGUGGUGAACCAGAACUUGAUAUAAAAACAGAUCCAUAUGAUAUAUUAAUUGAUUCAAAAAAUCGAAGAAAUUUAUUUCAUGAUGAUGACGAUAGUAUUCUUCCAGAAUAUCGUUCACUUCGUGCAUAUGUUUCAAUUAUUUAUUAUGAACCACGUAUGCGUAUAACAAUACAAGGGAGACGUGUUAUAACAAAAAAAUUAUCAUAUACAUUAUAUAAACCUCGACAAUAUCAAUUUAAAUCUACACGUUUUAAAACACGUUUUGAACAAGAAAUAAAAAAAUGUGAAAAGGAACUUUUAUCAUUAGAAGAACGUAUACGUGAAGCUGAUUCACAAGUUUAUCAUAUUCAACAACAUCUUGGAAUUACAACGUCAAUUGAUGAACGAAUACGAUUAAGAAAAUUGCAAAUCAAUGCAGCUGAAUUGAAAGAUAUUGCUAAUCGAUUACGUAAUGGUCUUGUAAAAAAACGUCUGGAAAUGAAUACAAUAAAAACUUUAACAUUUAUUUUUGGAUUAAAUAUUCAAAAUCGAAUAGCUGACGGAGUUUUUGUUUAUAAUUGUGGACGACUUAUUAAAAUGUAUGAAAAAAUUGGACAACCAAAUAAAAAAACCUUAUUUUGUCGUGGUGUUAUUGGCAUUGUUGAUGUUCCAUCAAUAGUACUUGAACCUACACAUAAUAAACAAUCAUUUGCUGAUGAAAAAGAAUAUCAUUUUUUACUUAAAAAUAUGGGGGAAUAUAUGCGACAAUAUUGGGCUGACACAGGAAUUGAACAUUAUAUUAAUGAAUUUUGGAAAACUUAUGGUUAUCGAGAUGAUCAACUUGAUCGACCACCAUCAAAUGAUCUUGAAGUAGUCAAACGUCGUCAAGUAGCUAUUCCUAUGCUUCUUCAAUGUGAUAAAUGUUUAAAAUGGCGCCGUCUACCGUACAAUGCUAAUGCUAAACCUUUAACACAAAUUCAACUUGAAUCAUGGCAAUGUUCCAAUAAUACUGAUGUUCUUAAUAAUACAUGUUUAACUAAUGAAAAACUUGAAAUAAUACCUGAAGGAGAAUUGAAACAACAAUCACAAGCAACCAAUAGUGAAAAUCGUACAUCAUCACGAGUAGUUUCACCACCAGCCCGAUCUUUAGGAAAUAAUAAACGUAUAUCAAAUGCUGAAAUUUCAUCAACUACAGCUAAUAUUAAUUCAAAAGUGUCGACCCGUUCCAGUAUUGUUCCAUCAUCAUCCGAUACUUCUCAAAAACGUUCUGUACCUUCAUCUCGUUCGUUAUCAAGAAAAACAAAACCUAAAAAGAAACCAAAACGACUUAAUUCAAAACAAACAACGAAAUUAAAAUCUACAGUUCAUCGUAUUAUUAGUGAUGAUGAAGUUGAUGAAAAUGAACAAGAAUCAUCAGCACCGAUUGCUCAACAAACACGUGAUCAAACAUUAACAUCUGUUCGGGUAAAGAAAAGCAACUAG